UUUUAAAGCGUUGUUUUCAGAGGGAUGUACGAGUCCCGACUAAAGUCAAACACACGAAAUUAUUGACAUUUUACCACAACUAUGUUUUACCAUGUGUCCCUGGAACAUGAGAUUCUUCUCCAUCCAAGAUACUUUGGUCCUAACCUCCUCAACAUUGUCAAGCAGAAGCUCUUCACUGAGGUAGAGGGUACCUGCACUGGAAAGUAUGGCUUUGUGAUAGCUGUGACAACAAUUGACAACAUAGGAGCUGGGCUCAUCCAGCCAAGCAGAGGUUUUGUUGUUUAUCCCGUCAAGUACAAGGCUAUCGUCUUCCGUCCGUUCAAAGGGGAAGUGCUUGAUGCUGUAGUGACGCAAGUAAACAAGGUGGGCUUGUUCACAGAGAUUGGACCACUCUCCUGCUUUAUUUCACGCCAUUCAAUCCCAGCUGACAUGGAGUUUGAUCCCAAUUCGAAUCCACCGUGCUACAAGACCAAAGACGAGGAUGUGGUUAUCCAGCAGGAUGAUGAAAUCCGUGUGAAGAUUGUAGGGACCAGAGUGGAUGCCCAGGAUAUUUUUGCCAUUGGAACUCUUAUGGAUGACUACUUGGGUUUAAUCAGCUAAUGAUGCGAUGUGUUUGAUUUGGCGAGGUGUGGGGGCGUCGGUGGUCACACUUCAUGAUGUCCAUAUUUAAGGCUGUAUGACACACAGCGGGGUCAGUUACCACCCUCAGGGAAUUAGGGCGAAGAGAUAGUGGUUGUCUUACAGGGCUUCAUAUGGAUAGCGGAGGCAGCUGAGCUUUAAUGAUGUGAACCAUAUAGAGAGGACUGGUCUGCUACUGACCAACGCCCACGUGGCUACAUGUGGUUAUCUGUGUACUGUGCAUACAGACAACAGACCUAAUGCCAUGUGUAUGAAUUGAAGGCUGUUCAAAGUGAAUGACAGUGCAAUACAAACUGCAUGUGCAAUCUUCUGCUGUCCUCUCUCUGUGUCGCUAUAAAAUGCUUACACAGUAGUGAAGGAAGCUGAGGAAGGUGAGGUUGUAGAUGUAACAGAGGCACAGAAAGAAAAAUGUGUACAACAUUCUUCACUUAACAGUACAGUAUUUGUAUAACCUUUUUUAAAAUGGUUAUAAACUCUAUUUAAAAUUUAACCCACAUUGAACUGUAAUCUUCAUCCAAAUUAUUGUAUAUCCGUCAUCUUCUCUCCUUUUUCAUACAUAAAAUUUUCAAUUGUGAAAGGUUUAAACUUUAGACUGGGUUGAAUAUGUUAAGCACUGACUAAUGGCGUGGGAUGGUUAUACGUGGAGUUUAGCUUGACUGGUAACUUGUAUGUUUAAUAUAUAUUACAGUUUGUAGAGUUACGCUCUAGUAAGUUAAGUAUUGGAAUGUUACAGUGGUUCUUUCAGGCUGCGAACAGUUUCCUUGUGAGGUCAUUUUUAGGAAAUUCUUGUUAAGAAAUCCUCCACAAAAAAUAUUGGGGAAUUCCAUUAAUUUUAUUCUGGCUAAAGAAAAAUAUAGGGAUUUUAAAGAAAUUGAUGGAGUGUCGGUGCAGUUGCACCCAACAAACAUAUUGUUAAGGGUGGCCUGACCCUUAACUUGAUCAUUUUAGUAGUCAGGUGUAUCAAGCAUCACUUAAACAAAAUAAACAUAGAAUUGGGAACAUUCUAGUGCUGCCUUCAAAUAUGUGAAAAUGAUCUUCUGCUUGAUUCAGUCAUUUACUCAUAACCCUGAUCAUUUGUCCUAACGUGCAGAAAAUGUAACAAAGUCAUACAGUAAUAUCCAGGAUUUGUUGUUUAGAUUUCAUUUCAUGGAAAACAGAAUAAUGAAAAGAUGAUAGACAAAAGCAGCGUCUGUUGAUGACAUGAUAAUGAUUUCAAACAUGAAAAAAAGUAAAAUUACUAUAUGAAUGGCUUCUUUAAGAGGAAAUCAGUUUCAGGAUGCAAAGCAAACAAAACUUAAUGCCUAGAGGCAGAAUUUUCAUCGAGUUUGCCUUGUUUUUUUCCAAUUUAUUACCUGUGGAAGACAUUUCCCAAGACACCGUAAGCUCCUGUAUAGAACACUGUCUCAGCAUGGGGUGAUGUAAUCAAUUGGUUUCAACAUAGCGAUGUAAUCAGUUGGUAUAGUCAUUCAACAUUUUAUAAUAUACAUGAAAAUCAUUCAUAUACGUACAUUUUCAAUGCAGUGUAAAUACAUAAUGCCAUUGUAUUUCCUUAACCAUGUACCUACAUGAUAUUAUUUUCAUUUAUUGGCUAAAUGUUUGCGGAUUCUUUCAAAAGACCUGGCUGUCUUUGUUGUUUGGGCUUUGGUGACGAUAAACUGUUGAAACAAGACUUCUUGUCAUCAACCAGUACGGUGUGCACGCCGGUACGUCACGUGGAAAUGGGGACCUCAUUGGCCUAGUGGUUAGCAUGUUUAGCAUGUUCGGGCUGCACAAUGACCCAGGAGCCUCUCACCAAUGCGAUCG